AUGCGCGUGAAAACGUUGAGACAGAUCAAAAACCAGCGUGGAAACCGAAACCACCACAGCGUCGGAGUUGGCGGAGGCGUCGGUCACCAUAACCAAAAUGUUGCAGUCACUGGUAUGAUUGAUGCCCGAUACCUUUCCCCCGAUAGACUGAACGCCCUAGCGGACUGCAUGAAUCCACCGUACAGGAUGCCACCACAACCGCUCGGUGCGUACGGUAUGCAGCACGAACACCACUCCAGCAUACCGGGGACGGCCUCGACCGAGGUACACGUCUUGAACACUCCGCUGCGGACACAUUCCUCCAAAUUUCCUAUUGAACGAGAGUUGAUAUUAUCAUCAAACAAAAACUCCUCCAAAAUACCACUCAUGCAGGACAAUCGUAACACCAGCAUUCCAGCACUGCUUAAUAGAUCCUCGACCUCUGCCAUUGGGCCGGAUCUUCCGGUAAAGCAGACACAGGCAUGGAAUCAACCUCAAAUGGACGUGCUACAUUCUUCAAUGUCUGGUUCGAUGCCACGCACGAUCGUACGCUUUCCAGAGGAUGUGACGGCGCUCGCCGACAGAGAGGGUGGCGUGGGCCGGGAGAAGGAUGCGACGACGGUAAAGAAGUCCGUCACCAAGACGUACCACACGCUGAAGGACCUCAUCUCGUCCAAGUUCAAGAAGGACGCCGCGGACCAGAAUGACGAGCUGAACAACGUCACGUCCAUGCUUCACCAGUCGAACUUGGAGCAGGGUCAGUCGGGAGGUCAAUCAAAUCAGCAGCAGCUGCAACAGCAACACGGUGGUAACAAUCAGACCGGAUCGUACAUGUACAGUGCCGCGUCCGAUAACAACCUGCUGCAGGCGCAGUCCAACCUGAACAUGUGGCCUUCCGGAAGUCAGGGUAACUCGCCGCUGUACUACCACAAGAAGUUUGCCGAUCCGGCCGAGGGCUACAACGCGCCGGACGGCAGUGGAGGGCUCCGAGGGCCAAAGGCUCUGUCGCAACCUCAGCUCAACAUUGGCGAGCCGGCGAGUCGGACCACGCAGCAUAAUGUGGUCAGCCUCCUGCCGGCCCCGGUCGAUGGUACCGACAGCGACGACGGAGGCUUCCGGCAGCACAGUUCCAGCCGAGCGAACAUUUCCAUGCCGAACGGCUCGGGUAGCCGAUCUACACCGCAGCAGCAACCUACGUACAUCCAGAAUUAUCGACACAAUCACGCCCAACAACAGCAACAGCAGCAGCAACAACAUCACAUGUCCUAUCAGCAGGCUCUCCACAACGCCAAACAGCGGGCCGCCCUGGAGAGCGCGUCCAACGCAAACAUACAAGUCGCUUCGUACAACACGCACACCACCGUCACGGUGGGCGAUCAUCAAACCGGAGGCCAUCAUCACCAUCAUCAGCACCAUCCGCCAGGAGAGAGCCCCGGUCACCAGAAGCAUACCAUCUCGGUAGACAUCAACAGUGUUUCGUCGGUGAACGUCUCGACGGCGGGAGAUACGCAACGGCAACAACAUCACAGCGACUCGGGCAACGAUGGGGGAGGGUUGUACGAUAAAAAUGGCAACCAUUCAUCUAACGUCGACUCCGGACGUGGCAGUUCCUCAAUGGCCACCGCCACCGGUGAGGCUGUGAUGGAGAAAAAUAAAACCAAAUCUGACAACGAAUGGAUGGACGUAGUGGACGUAGAACUGCGGAACAUCCUUGAGCCGGGCAUGAAAUCGAUGAACAUUCGACCGGAAAGUACCAUGUCAGAGAGUGCAUCCUCAAUGUCCCCUCCGCUACCGCCACUCUCUCCUCAUGAGGCAUACAACCGACACGGUUCCAAUCAACAGCAGCAGCAUCAGCAACACCAACAAUCUAUUAAUGCUCAUCCCCAAACGUCAAAGACGAAUGGUAAAAAGCAGGAGUACGGAACGGACACGUACAAUCGGGCCAGCAAAAACCCACAACCGAUCGGUCCAUCGAAGGGUCAGCCGUCGCCGAACACGAUACAGAACUACAUGAACCACCUGAAACUUUCGAGCAACAAGAAGCAUGAGCAGAAUGCUCUAAAGAAACAUCUGUUUGGACUAGACACCGAUGCCGCCUCAGUCACCAACACCACCCGCUCGCUCGACCUCGAGUCACUUCUCGGGGGUCCCUGGGACGGUGCGCAAUCGGUGUCGGAGUCGGAAACGGACGGUGGUGGCCUGCAGCAGAUUCGCAACCAACUCGAAGGCCUCGAGUCAAUGUACAGCGAGGUGCUGAAGAUGUUGGGCAACCGGAUGGUAACGAACGAAUCGGGCCUUCGGUCGAAUCGGCGCCGCCGUCAUGGUAGCAUGUCAUCGCUGCCCUCCAGCUCGAUCAGUGGCCGUCCGAUACGGGAUCGACGCAGACUGGACGAACGGCGUAAGGUGCGCGAUAUCAAGGGCAUCAACAAGCGCUUCCAGCGGCUCGAGUCGCACGUGGUAACGCUGGCCCGCAGCGUUGCCCACCUGUCCUCGGAGAUGCGCUCCCAGCAUCUAGUCUCGCAGGAGCUCGAGGAGCUAAGAAACGAUCUCGCUCUGCUGCGGUCCCAGUCCAUGCACAACCUUCAACCGCUCAAUGGCAGUGGUAAUGCGGGUAACGCGUCCUCCCGGGAACCAAUCAAUCUGACCAACCCGAGGCGGGUGAAGAAGCUCACCAAGUUCUUUGGCGAAGAUCCACCGCUGAUGAAGCUGUUCCUCAAGAAACUCGGCUAUGAGAAAUACGCUCCCAUCUUCGAGAGUGAACGUGUCGGUAUGAUCGAGCUGCCCUAUCUGGGCGAGGAGCGGCUGCAGAAGAUGGGCAUUCCGCUCGGGCCAAGACUGAGAAUCCUGCAGGAGGCACAAAUAUCGCUCUGUCGGGACACGACACUCUGCAUCGUGUGAGAAUC